AUGUCUGACACGAAGCACAUGGCACUUAUAGAGGAGUCUUUAGCUUCAUCGUAUUUCACCGUAAAACAGGGCCACCAAAUCCACGGCAAAAGACGCUGUUCUUUACAGUCGCUUUCUCUGGAGUUCGUCCCAGAGUUUAAAACAGGAGAGCCAGAUCUCAGAGUCACAGAUGAGAAAAAACGAGACCUUACCAACGACAGACAAGUUGGCGUCUGUUUGCUUCUCUGGGUUGGGGGCUCGAUGGAUGAAACAGAGUCUGUGUUCUCGGAGAUGUUCUACAUACUCGCAACGGUUGACCUCUCGAUUUCAAACAUCGUCGAGAUGAGAAAGCGAAAAGAGUCAAGGAACGACGUGUCACACACCGUGUCACCGCGCCCUCUGCAUGCAGUUGCGGAGAAAACCCAGCCAAGCAGACACGCUGUUCCCUCCUUCUACUACUGGGGUUUGCUGCGCUGCACACGGGCACACUCUUUUUGA